CAAGAACUCACCGCCAAGCGAUCAAAGAAAUCCUGAUAUAAGGUAUCGGAUCCCCGUAACAACAGCAUACAACAGCAUACAACCAUGAGGUUCUCCACCAUAUUCGCCGCAUUGGCGGCUACAGCAUCUCUGGUUGUUGCAGUACCAAACCCGCAUCCUCUGAAAGAAGUGCACAAGACCUUGGUGGAGUUGGACGACCGUUUCACCUCUGCCGGGCAGGAAAACAUGAUCGUCACCGUCACGAGAAAAGACGAUAUCGAGUCCGACGGCGGUAGCGUUGUCGAAGAAAAGAUUACACAACUCGUUUUCGGAUUUCAUGUUGAUCCGACGAUGGAUAACGUUAUCUUCUUGAACGGGGAGCCGAUUUCUUUGCACAGGCCUUCGGAGACGCAGAGGAUCGCGGCUGUGGUGGCGUAUGUCCCUCCAGGACACGAGAUGGACGAAGUCAGCAAAAUGGAUCGUGACGCACUCUUGGUAUUCCCCCAGAUCCACGUCCUUGCCGACGUCGCAAUCGCCAUCAAAUACCUCCCCCGCGGCGCCCGCGACGUCAACAUCGGCGUCCAAGUCAUCGAAACAGACGGUAAAGUCGUCAUGUCCCAAGAUAACUUCGGGGUCUCGAUCAACAUUCCUGGACACAAGAAAGUGGAGAAAAAGAAGUGCGAUAAGCAUGAUUACUUUUGUAAGAUUGCGGGGAUGUGGGAGGGCGUGAAGGGGUAUGUUGAGGAUGGGUAUGAGCGGAUGAAGGAGGUGCAUAAGGUUAGGCCUGGACAUAAGGGUGAAAAGGGUCCUUGUCCGAAGAAGUUUAAGGGUGGGAAGAAGGAGAUGGGUGUCGUUGCCGCUGUUGGUGCUGGUGCUGGGCCUGUCGAGGGCGACUUCCCUCCUCCCCCUCCGCACCACGACCACAAGGACGACCACCGCCGUCCUGGCCCGGGCCACCACGAUCGUCCGAAGAAACAUCACAAAGAGCAUCACCACCGCCCUCACCUCCCCCACAAAGGCGUCUGCCGCGCCAUUACUUUCUUCGUUAUCGGCGUGUUGUCUUUGUCGGCUUCGAUUAUGGGAUUGGUUGUCGCUGCGAAUAUCGUUGCUAUGAUUGUGAGGAGGGUUACGGGAUCUGCCAGGAGGGAGGCGGAUUAUGAGCGUGUUGACGGAGAUGAGAAGACGGGGUUGUUGGCUCAUGAGGAGCGUGUGUAAGCUAGGGUUCGGAUUGGAUUUUUGUUUUCUGUGAUUGGGUAUUUGGGUUAUUCGGAUUGGUGUUGUUUUUUUACGUUACGUUCUACUUUGCUUGUGAUGAUGGGUUCAUCGUUAAUGUUACCAUUUGGAUCCCGUUUACAAG